AUGCUUAUUGCAAGGUAUAACAAGGGACUUUACAAACUUGGUGCUAGAGCUUUCAGCACGUCUAUUCAAAGGCAAGCCAAGCAAAGGCAUCAAUUUCUCAUAGUUGGUGGAGGAGCUGGAGGCCUAUCCAUUUCGUCAACUCUUUGUCGAAAAUUUCCCCAUGCUACCGCUAUUAUUGAGCCAUCAGAGGUGAGAUUGAUAAGGGUUAGUUAUUCUUCUUUUGGCAUUUAAAAUAAGUAUUUUUAGUUUGACAAUGUCACCGUGUGCAACAUUAUUUGGACUCCCGUGGCCAUCAUACACAGUCUACAGUCUGGGAUGUUUUCUUGCACCUCAAGAUGAUUUCGAGUUCUUUUCACGUGUGUACUUUUUAUUAUUGUCACUUUCUACCUCAUAUUCUCGCGUUCUGUAAACUUUUCGUUAGGGGACAAAAAAGCUGUUGAUGAUGACGAGGUAGAGAAGAGAUUGAGGCCUAGUUUCCUAUAUUCGACUUACGUGUCUUAUUUUGUGCACGCGUGAGGGUUGUCACGCACGGAAGUUUUUUGACUUCGCCGAUUUUUAUUAUGAAACAAUAAUAAUAGCCGAUUUUUCAACGUUUCGUUUGCCUUUUACCCGUUUUUGUCAAAACUGAUAUUGCUAGCCUCUUAUACUUGAGUUGCGUCAUCUAAUUGUCAUGUAGUUUUAGAAACAGAUUGUAAACAUAGUGGAAAAAUAGGUUUAGUAGUCGAGUCAAGGUAUAAUUACAUGCUCGAUUUAUUAUAUUAAAAAGGUCAUUCCAUAGCACUUGUCAGUUAAUACAGCUGUAAGAAAAUCUAGAAGAAGAUUCUAGUAUUUUACACUGUAUAAUUUUACUCUUUAAUUAUCCUCUCUCCUUGUGGGACUUUUCAGGGAUAAUGAAACAAAUAGUUUAAAUGAAACAUAACGUAAGGAUAAGAAUCCCAUCUGGUUGGAGGCGUGGCCGUGGAUUUGAACUCGGGACUACCGAGAACAAAUCUAGCUAUCAGUCAGGGUGGGACUUGAACUCUGGGCCUCCAAUUACAAGUUCAGCUCUCUAACCACUCGGCCAAGCUGCUAUGCACCUGGCUAAUAUGCCCUUAUCAUUAGUGAUCUUAGGGUUGGCGGCAGGGCUGGGGAUGGAGGUGGGUGAUGAUGGCAAAUUUUUAGCCCAGGAAGGGGUAUUGAGGCUUUCACGGAUACUUCCAACCAAAUCAAAGUUCCAAUGAUCUCUAUUGAUGAAAUGGCAAUCUUAGAUAUCAAAGCAACCAUUGCAUUGCCAUUUCAAUUACAUGUACAUGUAAGUUUGACAAUGCAAGAUGAGUGAUGAAGGCCAAGAAGUCUGCCAAUUAAAGUGUGCAAUUAAUGCUGCAGCUUUUUUAUUGUCUCAUUUUCUUUGGCGUUACCAAACAAAGCAAUUCUUCAUUUGUGAUGAUUUCAUUGAAAAACCAACAAUGUAAUGGAAAGUGCACAACAAUAACAACAUCCCUGGGGUCAACCUCCUUAGAUAACCAUUGUUAUUAUUCAUUCAAAAUAUUUCCCCAAUUCUGACUCGCUCAAAGAACAUGCAUAAUUCAUCAUAACCAGUUACAGAUGACCAAAUUUGGAAGAAUUUUGUGUUUAACGAGGAAAUGACGUCAAAAAUGCAGCCCCCUACAGGUUAACAUACUGUCACAGAGAAGACCUAGGGAUGAGGUUGAGUUGUUUUGGUUGUGAGAAAAAAAUGGCGGACAUUUCACUCGUUUCAAGAGUAAGAACUAUAGCUGAAACUGCUAUUUAAGUGAGCUCCGUACUAUGAAAUUUUUUAGAACCAUUAUUAUCAACCUCUGUGGACUUUAGUGGGUGGUGGAAUUGAACGCUUGGAGGAUUCUGUUCGGCCUACAGGGAGUCUCAUACCACCUGGCUGUACAUGGUAUCAAACAAGUGUCGGAGAAUUCAAGCCGGACCAAAAUCUUGUUGUGACAGCUGAUGGACAGGAGGUACAGAUAGAAUGUAAUUUUGUUUAUAGAGGCUUGACUCCAAUGAUUUUUUUGGGAUCUGGAAUUUCCUCAUUUGAAGUUCGGGAUUAGAGGUAUUUUAAGCAAAAUCAGGGCGAGAUUUGGGAUUGAAAGUAUGGACGGGAGGUGGGAGGCCAAAAAUAACCCUCAGGAUUAAGGGAUUACACAAAGUCUUGGGUCAGGAUUACUUGAUUGAAAAACCCUAUAGGGGACCCUCUUUAUAAUUGUCUUUAAAAUACACUGUACGACCCAUACAAAAUGAGCAGCGCUGUUGCAGUGCUGCAGUCAACAACUUCAAGAAGCACUGCAAAAGAGCUGUAAAAGGGCUGGUCUGCGGCAGUUGCAAAUUUUUACUAAUGUAUUGUUCAAUGCAAGCGUGUUUUUAUAAUAUAAACGAAUUGUUUGAAGUGAAUAAUAAAACAAUUUUUGUAUUUGGCCUUUGUUUGAUCGGAGGAAUUAUGCAAAUCUCUGGGGGUGUUUUCAUAUCCAUCUGGGCCAAUAACACCCUCCUCAUUCGGGUCAUCCAAUAAGAAUAUUGCUAAUUAUUCAACUUGUUGUUGUGAUAUACAGUAAGCUUAUCUCCACAAAUAAUGUGAAUGCACUAUAAUAAUGUCACUUUUUUGCUAAACUGUUACACUGUUUCAUAUUUCAGAUUGCCUAUGAGUUUCUCUUUGUUGCUGUUGGUCUUAAAUUGAGGUUUGACAAGGUAUGUCAAAAAUUAUGACCCUCUCGGGACUAGAGUAAAUCCCAGUGAGUACAUUUAGCUCAACAUGCUCCCUAAUCAUGCUGAUGUUAAAUGUGACAUUCCUUCUAAAUCACAGUAUCUGUUCCCUAAGAGGUUUAUCUCCUCAUUAUCGUCGUUUCUUUAGUUACAACUCGGUAUUUGGUAAUUCUAAUGAAAAUAAUAUAUUUUGUCUAUAAAAUGGCUUAUUGGUGGUCUUGUCUGAUUAAUUUUGUCAAAUUAUGUAUCUUUGACUGGAUUCCUUAAUUCAAAUCUUGUUAAAUGAGGAAUAAUAAAGGGGGGAAUAAAAUACUGACCACAAUCAACUCCCUGACUCUGCAUUAAUUAAUAAGUGAUUAUUAAAAAGACGAAAGCAAACAAAAAACAAUGCAAGAGAAGUAAAAGAAGGGGAUGAGAGAAAGUGAAAGGGUGAAAGGUAAAAGUCAAAAUUUUGCUUUCUGCACGUGCUCAAACUUCACAAGGUUGCAAAGUGCUUGACUUUUAAACAGUGUUUUGGGCAGUUUUGGUUCUUUUUCGCCAGAUAGUGACUAGCAACCAGCUUGACUAUACAUUUGCUUGUACUAAGGCCCAGUUCAUACAAAUGUAUGUCAAACUUUUCAUGUACCGAACCUAAACCUUUCAAUUAAGUGCAUGGAAAAAAAGAUCAACAUUUGAAUCAAUUAAGUCUGACAUUUAAUUUCGGUCGACGCAUGAAUUAAGUGUCAGUGACCCACAUGGAAAUUUCGACUGUGGAGCAACAUCAAUUUGGGUAGACCCAAGUAGGUAUUAAGUUCAGUACAUGAAUUGAUCGACGUUUGAACUGGGUGUACGCCUUAAGAAAAUGGUGUUCUUUAGCAAAAUUUCUAAGAGCAAAUGGGCUGCAGCUUAAAUUCCUUGGAAACUGUAAUUGUUUUUGGUUAUGGUAUAUUACAGGUUGUCGGGCUGCCACAAGCAUUAGGAACUCCUGGUGUUGGAAGUAACUACUCACACUUAACAGUUAAUGACACAUGGAAGGCCAUACAGAAUUUUAAGGGUGGAAAUGCAAUCUUCACUGUGCCAAAUUCACCCAUUAAAUGUUUGGGUGCUCCACAGAAAAUCAUGUACUUAGCAGAAGCAUACUUCAGAGAAGUAAGAUUUUUGUUUUUUUAUCAUCAUUUGUCUUUUCAUUUAUCAUCUAGCUUUAUUAAUUAAUUAAACUAUUUACCUACUUUUAAUUGUUAGUAUCUUUGUACACUCUCUCCCUUUAAUGUUUGUCAAUUGUGUGAGCUUUGUAAUUAGUCUUGCAAAUGAAACUGCCUCCCAUCAGUAACUGCACUGUGGUAGUGGUCAACUCAAAAGCUCUGCUCUUUCGGCCACUUAUGCACUCUUCUUCUGUAAUACUCAGUGUAACAUACUACUAUUAUUGUAUUCAUGUACUUUUGAAUGAGUGUGAAUAAAAUGAACUUGCACUUGAACUUUCAUUUAAAAUUGAAAACUAAAUAAAUAUACAGAAGAGGAAAAAAUAAUAAUCAUUUACAUGAACAACAAUAAUAAUAAAUUGUACAGCGUAUGUAGGACUGCUGGCAGAAUGAACUUGUGAAAAGUCUGCUAGGUACAUGUAUAGUAUUGAUUCACUGUGUGCAGUCUUCUUUCUUUCCUGUAACAAACAUCAAUCCUUUUCUGCCUGUCAAUCAAGAUAAUGAUAUAUUUUUUAAGAGACUUAGUUGUCAAUGAAUGGUAUUGUUUUCUUUUUUUCAGAACAACGUACGUGAUAAAGCAAAUGUCAUGUUCAACACAUCACUGGAGAGAAUAUUUGGUGUGAAGAAAUAUGCUGAUUCAUUGACAAAAAUUGUGGAGGAAAGAGACAUAAAGAUAAACUUCAAGAGAAACUUGAUUGCGAUCAAUUCUGAUACACAGGAAGCUACCUUUGAGAUCUUAGAUGGUUCACAGCCAAAGCGACUGGAAACCUAUGAGGUAGGCUGACUAGCUGCCAUAAUAUUAAAAUGUAAUUAAUCCUCUGUGCUUAAAAUUGGGUAGAACAUGUAGGUAAAAUUCAAAAGACUUGUUGAUUAAUUAGUGCCUGGUAUUAUCAAGAAACAGGUCUUGCUGGUAAAUUAUGGUGUAUGUGUUGAAGGUGAAAUGGAUUUGAGUUAAAAUCAGUAUUUUACCCAGUUUGAUUCAGCAUUUCCUUUUGGUUUCCAGCCCUAAUUAUUCACAGGAGUCUGAGACAGAGAAAAAUUAAGUUCUGGUUUCACCUGAUAACAGAAUUUCAUAGCUACAUGUACAGCUGUACAACAUAGUUAAAGUCUUUUGUAUACAAGUACAGUAGUUGGCAAAGUUAGGACACUGUUGAGUGAACUUCUUAAUAUGAACAAAUAGUUUUUUUUAAUAUUAAAUACAUUUACAUGUAUUUAACCCGUUAAGCCCCAAUAUCUACCCACAAAUUCUCUAAACUAAUCUCCAUACUUUUCCUCAAAGAAUCAGUUGUGGAAAUUUGCUCAAAGAUCAAAGCAUUAAUUUCCUCAUGUGAUCAUUUAUUAAUUCUCACAACUGGUUCUUUAUAUUAUGUAUUGAUAUUGUUUGGAGGGAAUUGAAGUUGGUCACUCUUGGGAUGUAAGAGUUGUGAUCAAAUAGAUGUAGCUGUCUAUUUUUUUUUCUGUCUUAAGGGGGAGGGGGGGGGGGGGUAAGAACAGUGAAAUACAGUUGAUCCUCCACUAAUGCCUACCUCUUUACAACAGCCACUUUUGUUCAUCCCAGCGCACAAAAAAUCUAUACAAGUCAUUAAGUCUUGUUUAAAACCUUUCUACAACGGCGAUCUCUUUACAACGGCCACUUUCUUCUGUCCCCAAGGUGACCAUUGUAGAGAGGUUCAACUGUAAUGCAGUUAUUUAAUAAGUGUUUUAAGCUCAUGAUCAGUGCCUGUGAUAAACAAGUCCACUGACAGUGAAUAGUUUUGCCUUGAUGGAUUGAAUUAUUCAUAAAAUUGUUGUGAACCUAAUAAAUAAAAUAGCUUAGUUUUUUAGACUGUUUAAGGGCUGAGUAAUAUGUAUGUGAUGAUUGUAGAAUAACAUGUAUGUUUUGAUGGGUUGCAGUAUGACAUGAUUCAUGUGACACCUCCCAUGGGACCACCAGAUUGCCUAAUUGGAAGCCCCAUCUCAGAUGAGACUGGAUUUGUUGAUGUUGACAAGAUUACAAUGAGACACAAAAAAUAUUCCAACAAUAAACGGUAACCACUGACACGAUUAAGUGGGUUGCCAUUUUGACGACGACGACACCGACCCGUCUGACCACAUUAGUUCCGUUUACACUACCGUAAUUAACUCCCUGCUCGAUACGGUCGAGUCCAUAUUAUAUUUAUUUUGCUUACACCACCCAGAAAGAUGCACACACAGAGUAGAUAGGUAGAUGUAGAUAGAUGCUGAGUAGAUACAUGUAGAUAGGUCAGCAAGGACCUCACAAAGCCAGUUUAUUGCGAUUGUACUGUAUUUAAGAUACAUGAUGUAAUACAAAGACCGCACAAGUUUACAAAGUUACAAAACCCACUAUCAAAGACAAAAAUUGAACCUCUAAACCAAUUAAGUAUGACACCACCAGAUAUUAUUAAACCCAAAAUCACUAAAUGUGGAAUAAAGGGAACGUAUACCCCGCCUGCUUAAUUCAGAAGUGGUGCUGACAACUCAGGGAUAGAAGUGCAUGGAAACUAACAACUGCUAAAUGCCUACAAACAAGUAUAACAAGUAAAUAAAAUAAAAUUUCGGAGCUUGAAUGAAUGCUGACUAGACUUAUUCCAAUUUGCAAAAAACAACCAAACAUAUCUCAGGAAAAGCGUGCCAUCCUCUUAACCGACCCAGUCCUCUGGUUUGUGCUAGCAAAACAGCUAUUUCUGCCUGUUCCGUGAUACUACACUGUCAGGAAUACCAUGAUAGACAGUUGAAGCCAGUUACUUGAGUUUCUGGUGUAUUUUGUUAUAAUCAUGGAUCCAAGGAACUGUUUUUGAAUGUGUGUUUUCUCUGCAUGUACCAGUAUUUGAUACAUCUAAUUACUUGAUUAAACAAUAUAUUUACUUGACUGUAUAUUAACCCUGGGGCUCAGUCAAUCGUAAGGUGAUUCACAGAUUGAACUGCAUUAAAUUUCCUACUCUACACUUUAAGUUUGUUGUUGCCAUCAUGUACUCAGAUGUCUUGCAUGCCAUAGAAUCUAAAUCUAGGUAUACAUUGUAAAUAUUCAACAAUUUUGCUGAAAGAAUUAUUUAUUUUUUUCAACUACAGUAUGAUGGAUACACAUCAUGUCCGCUUGUCACUGGUUACAAUAAACUAAUUCUUGCUGAAUUUGACUACAAUGGCAACCCUUUGGAAACAUUUCCCUUUGAUCAAUCAAAGGUAAGUGUGAACAGUACGUGGCUAUGUAACAAAGUUAACAGUUGGGGAGGUGGCUGUAAUAGGGGGUUGAGGGGGUGGGGCAGAACCUCUGUGACCUGCUAUCGCAAACAAAAUUGUUGGGACAUUGUACUCAAAUAGGGUAACUACAGAGACAACAAAAGAAUCCACACCCCUCCCCCCUCUUCUUUAUUCAAGGUUGGGGUGUUUGUUGUUUUCUUUAGGUAGCUCAAACAGUGGCACAACAUUGCAUGGAGGGGAUGGGGGAGGAAAAGCCUUAUUUUCCCCUCUGGAAGUCAGUAAAGUGUCAGAAAGCCCCUUUUGGGCAAAGUGUCUCAACUACAUAAUUUUGUCACGGAUUGUAGCUCUGAUACAGUACCUUCUAUUCGGAAUUCUGCCUGUAUUUUGGACUCCUAGAGCCUUCCUUUGUAAGUUACUUGACUUCUAAAGUCUUCUGAACCCAUGUUUAUAUUGUACAUGUACAGAAAAGCAAGGGAAUACAUUAAAUUUGUUUCAUUCAAAUUAUUAAGCCACUUGUUCACUGCCUUGGAAGUCUAGCUGACAGUAAAAUUAUGCAAGUCAAAUAACAUUGAAGGCCUCAUUAUCUACCUUAUUGUAAUUAUUAGUCUCCUGAUUCUUACAGUCAUGAGAAAUUGAUUAAAGAGACCAUAAUUAUAAACACACAAUUUGGUAUAUUUUUUCCUUUUUUUCCAGGAGAGAUACACAAUGUAUUACAUGAAAAAAGAUAUUCUCCCUGAAGUCUACUGGAAUGGAUUAGUCAGGUAG